AAUCUAUUCACCGCUCGUCAGUGGAAUCGCGAGCGACCUAAAAAUAUAUAAAUAAAUCUAGAAACAGAAGCAAUGAGAGCAGCGACAAGUAGGCUUUGUACUCGAAUUGCCACUGGCAACCUAAAAUGUCACCCAGUACUAGCUUCCGUGCUGCUGUUGGUGCUGAUUUCGGUACUUCUGCUACUGCCGCCGCCGCCAGCUCGUGUUAAUCCCCAGGUUCAACUCCACCCGCCGCCACCCUUUCUGAAGCUUGAGGACACAAAACGGGCGAACUAUCUGUGGUACAUUAGACGGGUCUGUCAGGUGCAGUACGAGGACCGGCGGAAGAAACUCACAGCACCUGCCGAGCAGCUUAAGGAUAACUUCGUUACUGUCCAACAUGGGUCGGGGCAGACUCUAAACUGGUGCAAAACUUUCGACCGGAGCGCAUCCUUCGCAGGCUUGGACCAAUCGCUGCGAGCGUUCCACGAAGCUACAAAGGGAAGCAAACCGACGGUUGCGAAGCCCCGCAUCAUGCUGGUGGAACAUCCUCUGCUCCGGUUGGCUCGCUUCUACCGGGACGCUCUGCGAGCAGUGACACCGGACAGUCCAUUUUUCGUGCUCGGUUCCGAAAUUCAAUCCAGAUCGGGGGGUGUAGGGCUACCACCCAGCUUCCAGCAGUUUCUAGAGUUCGCACUAAACGACAAAAAUCGCUGGAAUCCGUACGCCUCCUACUGGCUGCCGUACAUGACGGUUUGCGAACCAUGUCUGCUGCAGUACGAUGCGGUUCUCGAACUGGAUCCGGAAUGGAUUGAGGACAAUGAAAAAGGGAAGCAGCGUUCCCAGCAGCAGCAGCAGCAGCAGCAGGAGAAGACUGAACUGCGGGCGAUGUAUCGAAACGUGGGGGAAAAGCUGAUGGAGCGUCUGCUAGACUUCUAUCGGGACGAUCUGACCAUUUUGGCUUACAAAGCGGACCAAUUCUACCAGGAGGUGUACCAAAAUUUCGCCUCUGAAAUUGUGCAGGUUAGACCCUUUUAACAAACUUACCUGUUAAAACUGGUGGGGGGUCCGCCGAUGGUUACUGCAAAAAAGAAAUGGACAGAAAGUAAAUAAAAAACCAGUUUUUGUUCAAUUUUUCUAACUACUUCUCAGUAGUGCUUUGCAUCAGCGCAAUAAUUCUAUAAUUAACACGAAGCUAGAGAUAUUUACAUUAAAUAGGUUUAG